UUUUGACAGGAAAAUUUUGAUUGUAAUACUGAGAGAUGUCUUUUUUUUUUUUGCUGCUUUAAUUAAGUACUGUAGAUAGCGCAGAAAACUGAAAACACAGAGUAAAGUGAAGCCCAUGACGGAAAUGGAGGAAGACAACCUUCCGCCACCAAAUUCAAAUCUCGCCACCGCUCCCAAAUCUCACUCCGAAGAUGAAGCCCUCCAAAGAAAGCACAGCGCAAUGUUGGAGCGCCUCUCCAAUCUACACCAAACCCGCCUCGCUCAAAAACCCAAUUUGGAGCUUUCCACGCCUUCUAAUGAAUCCACUCAGUCCUUUCUUAACCGCUUCAAUGAAUCCAAACUCGCCGUUGAUUCCAAACUCUCCGGGAUCUCACAAAUGAUUCCGGACGGUGAUUCUUCAGACCCCGGUUCGGUGAAAUCUGAGCUAGAUUCCGUGGUUGUUUUGAUCUCGAACCUGGAGAAGCUUGUGGCGGAAAGUUCAUAUUUUUUGCCCUCUUACGAAGUUCGAACUUGCCUCAAAACAAUCUCCGAUCUCAAACAACAACUCGAUGAUGUGACCUCCCAAGUCAUCCCCAAGAAGAAAUUCUCUUUCAGGAACAAAAAGAAAGGCGGCCCGGUUUCCAACCCAGCUCGUUCUGAUGUCGUGGACUCAGUUGUUGUCAAGCCUGUAAUUGGGAUAGCAAAUGUGGGUCUGAGUGGGUCUUUGGAAUCGUCAAAUGGGUUCAGGGCUAAAGAAAAUGAGGUUUUGGUUAGGGAAUUUCAAAGGGAUUCAGGGAUUGGGGAGUUUAGUAUAUCGGAGUUGAAUGGCUGCGUGGUGAAAUUAAAGGGUUGUCUGCGGGCUCUUUUUGUGAAUAAAUUGAGGGAUUGCAAGGUUUAUGUUGGCCCUGUUUUGGGUUCUGUUUUGAUAGAGGAAGUGGAAGGAUGUGUCUUUGUCUUGGCAUCUCAUCAGAUAAGAAUUCACAGUGCCAAAAGGUGUGAUUUUUAUUUGAGGGUGAGAAGUAGGCCUAUAAUUGAGGAUUGUAAUGAGGUGAGGUUUGCACCAUAUUGUUUGAAGUAUAAUGGCAUCGAAAAGGAUCUUGAAACGGCUAAUUUGAGUGAAGAAACAGGGUAUUGGUCCAAUGUGGAUGAUUUUAAGUGGUUGAGAGCUGUGCAGUCGCCGAAUUGGACAGUUUUGCCCGAAAAAGAGCGUAUAGAGAUGGUGGAUAUAUCUGUAUUUGAAAACGUGAAUGUACUGUGAUCCCAUUGUCGGUUCCUCUUGAUUGAAAUUUCGGCUGUUAUACAUCCUUAGUGGAAGAGAGACAUAGAUUCCAGUGGUUUGUCAAACUUCUACAUGAACAGAGGGCAUAUAAUUUUGCUUGCAUCUUGUUGUCUUCAGUUCAUCACAUUGGAGCCGUAUCGUUAUUAGAAAUGAACUGGAGAAGUAAAGACCGUUCAGGAAUUUGAUGGACAAAAAAAUAGUUUAGGUUACUGUGCUAGAUGAGGGAGCUAUACAAGACUUGUAAGUGAGACUUCUUGGCAGCUGAAAGCAUUCUCUAUGUUUACCUUCCUCAGCUGCGGCGAUGGACUUGAUAAUUGUCUUAAUGUCCAGAGUAGCGCAAAGAAAUGGUUAUAAGAAUUGCCCAUGCUUCCCUCUUUUCUCUAUUUUUAUUUUAUUGUAUUAUUUUGUUUUGGUGAUUCAUUUUAGAGUUAUGUACCAUAGGAAUGGCAAAUUAUGUGACUUUGUCAUUGAUGCCCGAAGUUUUUGUAUGUCGAGACUUUUGCAGCAUAGUUAGGUUAUAAAGCUUUCAUGUUUGUCUAUCUAUAUUUCUCUUUAGUUUAUGAAGUUUCCUGGUAAUUUCUGCUGAUGUUAGAUUCCAGCUAUCUCUGAACCCAUAAGCAUUGAUAUUUUC